GCGCUCGUGAUGGACGGGAACGGCUGGACGAAGGUGCUGGCUCUCUCGGCGCACGAGCGGGAGGCCUUCCGUGAACGGUCGCGUCGUCCAGGAGCUGUGGCCCCCGAGCCUGGCGAGACCAUGGGCGAGGCAGAGGCGGCUGCUGGCACUGGCACGCCUCGCGCGGACGGCGGCCUGGACGCGCUUGCGGCCAGGCCCAACGGCUCCCAUCGAGGAUCGCCCGGCCCCGCCGUCAGCAACGACAGCGACGUGCGGACUCCGGGCCGUCGACUUCGACGCGCAGGGGAAGAGGUGCAAGGCUGGCCGCUCGACGACCCUCCCGCGGCCGUGCACUUCUGCGCGCGCGUGGAGCGGGCAGGACGGGUGCCUUCAGGAUGGUUGGACAAGUGGUCUCAGAGCAAGAACAUCGCGGUGAGCGACCUCGUGUACUACGAACUCAGGACCAUCAUCGAUGCUUUGGAGUAUGCUGGGAGCUACGACCAAGCUCUCGUGGAUGCAGAUGAGAAAAACCCGAGCAAGCCCUGCUUUGAGAACGCGAAGUACUUCUCGGGGUUCAAGAGCUCGUCCAAUGCUGUGUCGCCUGAUUUGAAGAACUUCGCGGCUCGCAAGGCGAAGGGGGAUACCGAGGUUGAGAAGCAGCGGCAGAAUGUCAAGGAGCUCCGAGGCAAGACCGAGAGCGGAAAGACCAAUGCCGAAGGAGGAAGGAAGUGA